CAUCUCUCCACGUGUUGCCCAGAUAUUGAUACUGUAGUAGAUUAAACAUGCAUUUAUAGAAAUUCAAUAUAGAAAUAGUAUGUUUUAUUUCCCAAAUGAGAUCGUAUUGUCGGAUAUUUGUUUCAACCAAUGGAACUAGGAAACAGGAAAUUAGUAAACACAUCGCGUUUAACAAACUUUCUCAACAAUACACUUUUCUUGUGACAAACAGAAAUACAUUAAAAGUAUGAGCUGGGUGUGUUUUAUGGUUUGUUGAUAUAUUUAUUAGAAGACAUCUCGGCCACAUUUCGUCCGAGGAUCAAACCCACACACAGCCGCGUCGCUUGUUCGGGACGUCCUGUGCUGAAGCUCAGGAAGCGCGUCAGUGGCGACAGCAACACGUUCAGCUCUGCGCUCAUCUGCACCAACACCACGUCCGUGUGUGGCUGAUACAUUCACCUAUUCAACGCCAUGGAGGACUACUGUUACCCUGUUUAUUUCCAGUGCCUCGAGCUGGACGAAGAGCAGCGGAGGAGAAUCCGCAACUACUUCAAAAUCCGCCGCAAGUCAGGCGGAGGCGAGUGCGGCUGUGUGAUGAAGACAGGCGAUAAAAGCUACAGUGUUGCUUUUAAAGAGCGAGAAGCUCAGCAAAGGGUGCUGGAGAAGUCUGAGCAUGUGUUGGACUUUGCAAAUGGUCCUCUGGUUGUGAUUGUACGAACCAACCCAGAACCUCACAGCCCUGUCAGCACCGUGUCCCCCAGUCAGUCAGUGACCCCGAAACUGGAUGCGGCAGCUUCAUCACAGCAGCCCAUUCCUACUACCAGCCUGACCCCAAGUGGUGAAGAGUAUGAAUUACACCCUGACGCGUUCCUCAUUCGUUACCUCAGUGAAUUUCCCACCGCCUGGAGCGAACUGCAGAGUGAACUCACCUCCGUGUCCUGCUCUGCUCAGAUUUACCCAGAGGAAGGAAGGGUUGUGGUCAGGAGAUUAGAUCAACCUGCACAUGCAGAUACAGUUAGAGAUUGGAAACUUGGCAUAGACAACCUGUUUGACAGCUACCUGUGUCACUAUGAGGUGGACCCUCACAAAGUCAAAGCGUUGCUUCAGUGCUGCAGCUCCUACCAGAACACAGGUGAGGUGGGGGUGUACAGUGAGGCUGGGAUGGCUGUUGUUGUAGGGAAAUGCUCUCAGGUGAAUGUCACUUUGAAGAAUUUGGAGGUUUCUACUAUUAAAGCUCAGGAAUCAGUUCUUAGUGAGAAGCAAAUCAGCAUUUGUCGACUAGGAGAAGGCAAACUACGUCUUCUCCAGGAAGAGAUUAAGCAGCGUUUGGAACAAGAUUUUCCAGGAGUGAAAGCCUCACAGGGAGAUUCUGGCCAGUUAAUAUUGGAAGGUUCCAUGAAGGAGGUUGUUCUGGUCAUAGAGCUGGUUUCUGAUAUGGAGAAGUUUGUGUCAGAGACUACAGUUCCUGACAUUAGUCCACUUGUUUUGGCCUUCCUAAAGAAGGCCUAUGGAGGUCCAGGGAUGCUCCGUGAGUUUUUGGGUUUAAGUGAUGACGUUGAAAUCGAGUUACGAGACACAGAGCUACGCUUCCUCUCUAUCUCUCCAGAAAAAGUGGAAGAUGCAAAAGUAAAAACACAAGGAAAAUUUAAGGAAGUCAAACUUGAUGUUCCUAAUUGUUCUCCUCUGCUGUCUGAGCUUCGGGAAAAGCUAAAGUCCAAGACAAAUGAGAUGAACCAGGGGCAGUGGAGGGUUCAGGCUGUGUUUGUCUCAGACAUUACAGUGUGUUUACUGGGUCACAGCAAAGAGGUCGAGGAGCUGAGAGAAGUUGUCUCUCAGCUUAUUUUGGACCACUCAGAAAUAAAACACCAAGUCAUUCUCCCUUUCCCAGAGUUGUCACAAACGCUACCAGAAUUGCUUCAGCUGCAUAACUUUGACCACUCAGGCGUGGUCUUCCAUUAUUUAACCUCUUCCUCUCGACCAAUGAUGGUUCUUGAAGGUCCAACAGCAGUCAAAGUGGCUGAAAUCAGGAAAUGGCUUGUUCCAUUCCUUGACUCUCUUUUUCAGACAGGAGUCACCAUUGACCUGCCAGGGGCAGCAAGGUAUUUGGAAAGUUCCUCUGGUUAUGAAAAUCUCUUAAGUCUUUCUCAAUGUCAGAAGUGCCUUUUACAUCUUCAAAAAGUGCCUUGUGAGAAUGGAAGCUCCACUGUUGCUAGCUACAGCCUCUGUGAUGGGCUCCAGGUGCAGGUGUGUCAGGGCGACAUCACUAAACUAGAGGCUGAUGCCCUGGUUAAUGCUGCCAAUGAGGAUCUGGAUCACUGUGGAGGUGUUGCUGCUGCACUGAGCAAAGCAGGUGGUCCUGAGGUGCAGAAGGAGAGCAAAGCCUUAGUGAGGCAGACUGGAAAGAUACGUACAGGGGACGUGGUGGUCACCACAGGGGGAAAUCUGAAGUGUAAGAAACUGCUGCAUGCCGUUGGUCCCAAAGCUGGAAAAGCAGGUGGCAGAGAAAAGUUCUUACUGAAAAAAACAGUCGCAUCUGCUCUGCAUUUAGCAAAAUUGAUGGAGUUUAGGUCUAUAGCCGUACCGUGUAUCAGUUCAGGUAUUUUUGGUGUUCCUCCCGCUGUUUGCUCUGAGGCUAUUGUAACUGCCGUGGAAGAGUUUGGUGGUCAGGGAGGUCGCAGCCUGAGCACAAUCAUCCUGAUUGACAACAGAGAGGAGGUGGUGAGAGCCCUGCAUGACGCAUGUGAAAGGAUUCUCCAAGGGACCAGUGGUAGAAGCCGGAUGCCGAGUGAUGUGGGGGUCCAGACUGGGGCUGCUGCCCAAAACACAGAGAGAGGAGCCACUGCUGGACCUGCACAGGAUGGUGUCCAUGUAGAGAUCCUUCAGGUAACUAUUGAAACACAGCAAGUGGACGUCCUGGUCUCUCCUAUAGUUGGCCAUGACCCCCUUUCCACCAAUGUUGCAAAGGCUUUGUUCAACUUGGCUGGACCUAAGCUGACUGCAAACUUUUAUACUGAGGCAGGAGGAGCAACACAGCCUGGUGACACCGUCCUGGGACUGGUGCUAUGCUGUGUUUUCCUCACAGUGUGGUAUCCAGAGUUGUACUCCAGAAAGGAAGUUCCCCCUUUCUGGUCCUUAUCGUCAUUCACCCCAAUGACAGAGAAUCUAGCAAGGCCUUCCAGUCUGCCCAGGAAACUCUGCAUCUCAGAGGGUUCAAAAAUGAUACAGACCCAGAUCAAGAUCAGAGCUGGACAAUCGAUUUGGACUAAUGGCCACCAGACGCCCCAGUCUGAGAGGCAAAGAAAAGAUGCAGUGGACUCUGGUUCUAGUGGUUCUGAUGGGUCAGUGCUCCUUUUCCACAUGUUCCAUGUAUCAGUACCACUUUAUUAGAGAGAACAAGACCUGGUAUGAAGCUCAGACGUACUGUAGAGAGACAUAUACAGACCUGGCCACAGUGUCUGACAUGACAGACAUGAGGAGACUCUGUAGCUCUACACAGAAUCAGGAUGAAGCCUGGAUUGGUCUGCACAGCUACC